AUGAAGCCUCCAUCUCGUCGCCGGAUCACACCAUCUCGUUUUUUAGAAUUAAAGAGGACUGAACCAAUAAGCAGGUUCCGUCCUGGGUGCCAUCGGCUGGAACAGCGGAGCCUUCUACUUGCCCUGAAACAACAGAACAGGUUAAAUACAGAACUGGAUUUUUUGGCACUUCAGAAGAAAGUUCCUAAAUGGUCUCUGCAUCAGAUACAAAACAUGAUAAAGUUUUUGAGGAGGUGUGUGGUGCAGCGGGUGUAUCUGCAGGUCCAAAAACAGAGACGUGAGGAACAAAACAACAAAAUACCAAUGGAACUAUGGGCAGAAGUAGCACAGAAAAUGGCUGGUGUCCAUGAGGAAACAAUAUCUUCUGCCUUCUCUCAAAUGCUGGUAAUUGCUGCCACAGAGCCCUGCAGCCUCCACCACUCAGAUCCUCCACGUACCACAGACUCUCAACGUACUCUAGCCAGCGGCUUGCGCACUAUACCCCUGAGGCCGAUGCCUAAAUCCCAUGCUGGCUCGCCUCCUCCAGCGAUAAUUCUGCCUGGACAAGCCUCUAAAACCCCUCAGUCACAUGGGAAGGAUGCAGCUUCCAACCCCUCUGCCCAAACCACCACAGUAACAUCUCCUUCUGCCAUUGCUGAAGAGGAUCAUAGUGAGUUACAACAAAAAACUGAGGCAGACAAAGACUCUGCCAUGCCUUCCACAUCAACCACCCUUAAAUCACUCCUGAGUCAACCUGUCUCAAAACCAACGCCAUCACUGUCUGCUUCAAGUGCUGUGUCUACUGCUGCACCCUUGCUCACAUCAGACAUUGAUAAGCAACCUGAAAGUGGACAGUCUGAGCAAGCCUGGCAAUAUAGACCAAUGGGGAUGAAGAGUGUAGUGGACUUUGAAAAGAUAUACCAAUUUAUAAGCAACAUCAUUCUCAAAAAACACACUCAGCCUCUUACUGCUAUGGAAAGUGCAGUGCUUUUGGACCUGUUGAUGUCUUUGCCUGAAGAGCUCCCCUUGCUGGACUGUAAGGAACUGCAGCAUCAUCUGCUUCAAGUUCACACCCAUCUGAACACACCAACAGUGAGCCACAGCACAGAUCAGGGACCUGCAGUUGCUAAUUCUGCUUCAACUAGAGUAACAGAACAGCAAAUUUCCAGAGCUGACAAACAUGCUAAAGGACCUGAUGUUUCUUUACAAACACAGAGUGUACCAUCUACAGGGGAAGAGAGUGUUCAAAAGGGAGAAGUAACUGAGCAAGCAAAGGCUACAGAAUCACCAUUAGCUGCUGGAGAUUUUGCAGGCCAGUCACCUGCAAUGAAACUGUCAAAAGACAAAGGUGAUUGGGCCACUGCUGGCUUGUGUCCACUAAAUCCAUUCAUGGUGCCAGUAGCCCUCCUGAAACGGCAGUAACCCAAGGAGAGUGCAAAAGCAGCUGUGUUUUUCUGAUUUCAGAACCGUUGAUGCUGACAUUGGUGUUUUAAAAUGAUUUCAUUUAGAAAAUAAUAUACACCUGCCUUGUUUCAAAGUGCAUUGAAUGUGAUGACAUCAGUGAAAUAACCUUACAUAAUUUAAUGAAGCUUGUUAGUACAAAUUAGGCCUUUAGUAUACAUUGCACUGAAGACAAAUUUUACAUAUUUCUGAUGCAGUAGUGAAGUGGGAGUACACAAGAACACAUUUAAUUUAUAAAUGUGAUGGAUUCACUAUUUGAAGUUUUUGUCUUUUUAGUUACUAAAGAACACUUUUGUGCACAUAGUUGUGUUUAUUUAAUAAAUAUCUAUUUUUUAGUUAA